GGGGUUGCUCUUACAGCACGGAUCGCGAUUCCGUCCAAUAGAUCUGGACGUGGAGGAUUCCUCCUUAUCACCAUUUUUAUCGAUGGAAUUGAACGGUAGUGAUUCUUCCUUUGGGUCGGCAGGGGCGUCGUCGUCGAUGUGCGAGCAACUGAACUUGGGCUUGACUCUAGGAUCGUCAUCUGGGAUGCUCCAUUCGCCUUAUCCUGCGGCGAUGGCAGGAGGACCGGCUUACGGCGCCAUGGGUUUGGCUGACGGAGCAGCUUUCGACAUGCCGGUCAUGGCGGAGGGACUGGAUUUUACCAUGAUGACUUUGCGCGCUUUGACGGCGGGGAAUUCGACGACGGCAUCGUCGUGUCCACCGUCGAUGUUCUCGGAUCUAGGAACUGUUGUAGGAGGAGGAUUAGGAUUGGGAGGAGGAGGAUUAGGAUUGGGAGGAGGAGGAGGAUUAGGAUUGGGAGGAGGAGGAGGAGGAGGAGGAGGAGGAGGAGGANGUGUGUGAGGAGGAGGAGGAGGAGGAGCAUCAACAGUAAUAACUGGAGCAGGCAGAGGAAGAGGAGGGAGAGGAGGAGGAGGAGGAGAAGGAGGAGAUGGAGGUGGUGGUGUGCAGAUGCUUAUGCCUGUGUAUGACGACGUCGAUCUUGAUAUUCUCAAUGAGAACCCCAUGUUCUUUUGCUCUUACCCUGUUGGCGUGGGAAUGAUGGAUUUAUGGAGCUUCGGAGAGGGAGAAGGGGGAGUAGAGGGAGGAGCAACGGGGUCGGAGGUGCACAUAGACGAACUUGCUGUGAAUGCUGGACUUGGGAUAUCGCUCGCACCGUCACCGUUGUUAGCGCCUGCUGCGCAAGAUCCUCUUGCUGCUGCUGCUCUUCCUCCUGCUCAGCUCGUUCAGCUACAACAGCAGCAGCAGCAGCAGACUCUUCCUCUCCUUCCCUUCAUGCAGGAUUUCCUCCGAGGCGAUGGCUAUGGCUAUGGCGAUGGAGGUGGCGCUUACGGUGAUGGUGGGGAUGGUGCCGCCGCGGAAGAUCCGCCCAUAUUUCCGUCUUUCCAUUUCGGGCAGGAUGAUAGACCACCAACUCCUCCGCCGAUGCUUCAUGAGGCUGGGCCAUCGGGAUCGGGAGAGUCGGCCCCUAUCGCCCUUAUUAGUAAUUCUCCCAUUCCCGACCGAGUAGCGCCAGUGGGACUGGCGGCAACGGCGGCGGCGCAAGAUGAGCAUCACCGGGGGGAGAUCGGCUUGCACCAGUUUAUCCCGCCUCCUGCGCCGAGGCUUCACGCCACUUCGCAGCCGUUGGCUCGGUGGCUCGCCAAUAGGCGUCCUCCUCCUCCUCCUCCUACUGCUCCUCAUCAGCAGCGGCCGCAGCUUCAGCAGUUUGAGCAGAAUCAGCAGCAUCAGCAGCAGGUGCAGGACGCCCAUCCUGCUCGGCAAUAUCUGGAGCCGCUGCCGAUCCCUAAUCGCAAUCCCCAUGAUGGGUAUCGGGAUCCUGAUCCCGAUCCGGAUCGGUUUCGUCAUGGAGAACCGAAAGCGGAGAAACAGAAGGAGGAGGCAGAAAAGGAAAUUGCGGCGAAGGUGGCCGAGGGUGUAGAGCUAGUGGUCGCUGUCUUUCCUAAUUUGUGCAGGGAAUACGCCAAGGGCAAGCUGAAAGAGGAAUUUGGGAGGAGGAGGUGGGUAGCAGCUGAUGUCUCCCUCAAUCGUCUGAAUGGGAUCCCCGCCGCGGUGUCGGUAGAUAGCGCGGUGGAGCGCGUAUGCGACGCUAUUCUGUCCGGUGAUGGUAAAUAUCCAAGAGAGCCAGAGGAGCAGGAAGAUGACAAGGGUGGGAGAGACAGGGAAAGGGAGGUGGACACUACUGCUGCAAACGCUCUUGCUGGUGAAGAUGCGGAAGGAGGAUACAAAACUGCAACGGCGGCUAACGGUCCUUUACAGGAUGCUGAUUUAGAUCCGUUUGUAGUGCGACCGCUGCCGCGCGGAGCAGGGCACUGCUACGGCGACUGGUGUCUCUGGCGGUUGUUCACCGAUUUUCCAAAAGUGGCAGCGCGGGACGUGAGGAAAUGCCUCAAAGCGCACAGGGGUAGGAUUGGACCGGCGCAUAGAUCUUUACAUGGAGAGAUGCAAAAAAUUUGCGCUCAAGGAGGAGGAGGAGGAGAAGACAGUGGUGGGGUGGGAGCGAAUUUGGGACCAAAAGGAGGAGGAAAUCCGGCAGGAGCUCUCUUGACAAUGGCGGGAGCAAUGAGUCCAGCGGGAAGAGGAAAGGAGAAGAUGCUUAUGGAGGCAGAUGUGGAGCUGGACAGACUUGCAGUGGAGCGGCGGCAGGAAGAGCGCGAAGAGGUCGGAAGGGAUGGAGGGAGUAAUAAUGCUUCGGAGGGGAGCAAUAAUUCUAAAGGAGAUCGUGGUGCGUAAAUAAGUGAGUAAGCCGAAAAACAGAGAGAAUGAAAAAACUGAUUCGCA